CCAUCCCACGAAAAUGCGGGGGCGUCCAGACGAGAGCAUAUAAUCGACGUCGCGACGCCGCCGAGGCACAGACGCCGCUCCACCUCUGUCCCGUGCACGAGCGUUAAAAUCGAAAAAAAAACACAAUGUGUGACGACGAAGUAGCUGCCCUGGUCGUAGACAAUGGCUCCGGCAUGUGCAAAGCCGGUUUCGCCGGAGACGACGCUCCCCGCGCCGUCUUCCCUUCGAUCGUCGGUCGCCCGAGACAUCAGGGUGUGAUGGUCGGUAUGGGUCAAAAAGACAGCUAUGUAGGCGAUGAAGCUCAGAGCAAGAGAGGUAUCCUGACAUUGAAAUACCCGAUCGAGCACGGUAUCAUCACCAACUGGGAUGAUAUGGAGAAGAUCUGGCAUCACACCUUCUACAACGAAUUGCGUGUCGCUCCUGAGGAACACCCUGUUCUCCUCACCGAAGCGCCCCUGAACCCGAAAGCUAAUCGCGAGAAGAUGACGCAAAUUAUGUUCGAAACCUUCAACAGCCCGGCUAUGUACGUCGCUAUUUCCUGAGGCUCUCUUCCAGCCUUCCUUCUUGGGUAUGGAAUCCUGCGGUAUCCACGAGACCGUGUACAACUCCAUCAUGAAGUGCGACGUCGACAUCCGUAAGGAUCUCUAUGCCAACAACGUUCUCUCUGGUGGUACCACCAUGUACCCGGGUAUCGCCGAUCGUAUGCAGAAGGAAAUCACCGCCCUCGCACCCUCGACCAUCAAGAUCAAGAUCAUCGCUCCUCCCGAGAGGAAAUACUCCGUAUGGAUCGGUGGUUCCAUCCUGGCUUCCCUGUCCACCUUCCAGCAGAUGUGGAUCUCCAAGCAGGAAUACGACGAGUCUGGCCCUGGCAUCGUUCACCGCAAGUGCUUCUAAGCAAUUACGCUCGAUGCUAUUCACUAUUAUUACUGUUAUUAUUGCUACACCUUUCCCUAAGAUGUACCGUUCACUGCCGCAUCGCUUCGUCUAGUUGGAUCUCCGUUAGUCGAAUAUUACUGUCAUUACUAUUGGUCCGUGGCGGCGAGUCUUUUAUCAAUUACCAUCAUACGAGCAUAUACGUCAUCUUUUGUAUAUAAGUUUACGUCUAUGGAAUAAAUCGAUCUUAUAUUCUUACAGCCGUUCAA